AGAUGAUCCGCGGCGCCAUUCUGCUACGUCCGAAAGAAGGGAGGGCGAGAGAAAGAGUGACAGAGUGCAGACCGCAACCAGGCAGUGCAGACGCAAUAGAAGGAAGAUCUUUACGCCACUGAAUUCAGCGACACUCCCAGGAGCGCAUUUCGAAAGACAACAAAAGACAAAGAGGCAGGACUCCUCCUGACUCAAAUCUGACCGAACCUGAACCAAGCAGCCCCUCCCGUUUCUUUGCAAGGAAAGCGGUGCUCGUAGAGCAUCGCUUAGUUUCACUCAAACGUAAAAACGGAAGUCGUCAGGCUGGAGUGUGUCCUGAUGGCGGAGUCAGAGACUGACUGUGACACACCGGGUCUCGAUACGUUGGGAUCCGAGUGUGUCAUAGCCCAUACGCAAGUCGGUGACUUGCAUUAUGGGGCAGAAACUGAGAUUAUGACUCAGGAGGACAAAAGACUUGACCUGGAAGCUAUUCAUGGCGAUUUGGGAGCUGUGACUUGUGUGGAUGUGGUAACUGAGACGGACCACGACUACAUUAAAUCUGAAAUACACCAUGAUCACCAUCAGUACUUCAGCAGCGCAGAAAUCAAAGGCAACGAGCAUUUGCUCGGUGAGGUGCUGUUGAAGACCGAGAUCGGCGGUGGAGAGCAUAUUGUGAAGGUGGAGUCGGACCACGGAGGGGAGCUUACAGUGGAGUCUGAGAAUGGUAUUAUUAUUCACGAAGCUCAGGGGCUGCAGUGCAGUGAGUGUGGUGAGAUUUUUGGCAGUAUGACUGACCUACAUGAACAUUUUGAAAUCCAUAAAGCGACUCACCCCUACAUUUGCGUCCACUGUGGUGAGAGCUUCGCCAUCGAAGCCAGCCUUAGAAGUCACAUGAAGAUUCACAUGAAACUUGAUAAAAGUUAUACCACUGGUCUUGAGAUGGUUGGUAAAGGAGUCAUUGAUGCAUUCAGUUUGAAACCGCACCAGCUGAUGCAUUCUCCUGAAAAACCGCACAGAUGUUCAGAAUGCGGCAAGAGCUUUGCAGCCGCCAUCACUCUCCGCGAGCACAUGAAGAUGCAUUCGGAUGACAAACCCUACAAAUGCACCCAGUGCAGAAAAAGCUUUGUUCGCAGACGCCAUCUUAAGAAACAUCAGGAGCUGCAUGCCCGUGACAAGCCGUUUACCUGCUUGCAGUGCGGAAAAGGUUUCGCUACGGCUUCCAAUCUCAAGCAGCACCAGAAGACCCACGUUGGUGACAAGCCAAACAGAUGUGCCCAGUGUGGGAAAUGUUUUGCGUCAGCGUCCACGUUACGAGAGCAUCAGAGAAUUCACUCGGGAGAAAAGCCCUACAAGUGCACCCAGUGUAGGAAGAGCUUUGUUAGGAAACGCCACCUCAAGAAGCACCAGUUGGUCCAUCAGGGUGGAAAACCCUACCGGUGCUCUCAAUGCGACAAGGGUUUCAACCAUUCCUCUUCUCUGUCAAGACAUCACAAGGUCCACAUUGAGGCAAGGAUGUAUGCCCAGGCUGAUAAGGAUUUCCCCUUCGAUCCACAAUUAAAGAGGGAGAUGAAUACGGGUGAGAAGCCAUACAGCUGCAGACAUUGUGAGAAGAGCUUCAAUCACUCCUCCUCACUAUCCCGACACCAGAGAACUCAUUCUGAUGGCAAGUCUUACACCUGUGCUCAAUGUGGGAAGAGGUUCAAUCAUUCGUCCUCUCUUGCAAGGCACCAACGGGUUCAUUUGGAGAAGACCUCUUAUAGUGCUAUGUCACCAGGAAAGGGAUUCCCGCACACUACCAUCUUGAAACAGCGAAUCCUUCAGAGCGAAAAACCAUACAGGUGCGCUCAGUGUGGAAAGGGUUUCAAUCAUUCGUCAUCACUGUCUAGGCAUCACAGAAUUCAUCUUUCUCAGUAAAACCGUGUCCCUUCCCGAAGGUGGGGUUGACCAACUUGAUGAUGGUGAAGGGUAUGGCAAGAUGCAAACAAAUGCAAAACGGACUGGUUCUAAAGGAACUGAUUAUUCAGAAUCCAUGUACUUUUAACUUUUCAAGAGCAAUGGUUUUCAAUUUGCAAUGCUUGACGUUGAUAAUACGGAUAAAUCCCCAUUGUAAUGUGCUUAUACAGUUUGACUAAAUCCGCCAUGUUUCAAUGAAAUAUCUGUGAUUAAAACUGUAGACGAAAUUUGAGAUUCCAUCAUUACUGGCUUGUGUUGGUCAUGUUCUUUGUGGCUUCAUGAAGCUUUCAGGAGUUUAAGUCUGGCACAGUCUUGUACGAAGUAUUAGGUCAAAUUGGUUUUGAAUGGCAGGUAAUUGAGCGAAUAGGAUCUAGACACAACUAGUCACUCCCCUAGUAUGUUUCAUUACCCUUUUCUGUAUCACUCUUGGGUUAAGAAGCAAAUAUGUACCUGUAAAUAUGUGUUGAUUUUCUUUUAUAUAGAUAUGUAUAGGUAAGUAGUGUGCUGUUGUCUGAAAAUAGAGCAUUUUUGAAGAAUGAUCCAGUCUUAUCCAUCUCUUGUAAGUAAAAUAUUAUGGAGCUUUAAGGGGAUGUCACCAGUUUAAAAAGACCUGUCUAAGGCAUAAUAAUAAUAAUAAGCAUAAUUAACCCCUUUUGAUGAGACAGCCUGACAAACCUCCAGCAGUAGACAAUGCAAAGUGUGGGAAAAGUAACUUAUAACAUUGAGUCUGGAAAAUUGAAAGGGUAGUAUGCGUUAAGAAUUAAACAGGACACAACCUGUAUAUUUCCAUAUAUGCCUACACCAAUGGCCGAAUGUAUACUUACGAAGGUUUCCCCAGCUAUUGUCAGACAGCAAUGUAAAGCAUUUAGUUAUAUUCUGAAUACACAGCAGAGGAUCAACAUUUACUAAAUAAUAGAUUGUGUAUACUUUAAUGCAAAUACAAAGUAUAGCUUGCUUUUUGAAAUGUUUGAUUUCAUUUGUUUCCCCCCAAUUCCAUGGGUAUGUGCUUCUAUUUACAGUUAUGUGUAUGGAAAAAAUCUUUUACAAACUGAUGUAUUUUUUUAACAAGGUUUGGGUAAUAUGAAAGGGAAAUGAAAGGAAAAAAAAACGUUUUUAUGGCAGUGAACAUUGUGUUGAAAUUAUUCUUUCUUUUCCAUUGAAUAACAAUUGUGCUUAAUCAUGUAGCAUAGGUUUAUUCAUUGUGUUAGUUAGGUGCCUUAUUGCAUGCCAUGUAGAAAUGUAUGCUGAGAUAUAAUAGAAAAAAACUUUUGGCUUCUGCUCCCUUAGUUUCUUUACAUACUAAUCAAUGUUUUAAUUUGACUUUCUGUAUUUUUUUUUGCUUCUCUGUACAUGAAUGUUUACACUGUUACUUAUGUCUUUUAAUUUCCUUCUCAGUCAACUAGCCUCUUUCUAGAUUAGAGGUUAAAGAAGUUGCAAUGCCAUUGAUCCAUAUGUUCAUAGCCCUCUAUAGUGGUCAAAUCUUGUCCCAUAUGUCUUUCCCCCAUCUUUGAGUGGCUCACCUAUAUGGAUAAAUAAAGGUUGUUGACUACCAA